GACCGGACGCUUCCGGUGGCGAGGAGCUCUGGCGGGGCUUGCUGGGAUCAUGGCGGAGAAUCACUGCGAGCUGUUGCCGCCGGCCCCGGGCGGCCUCGGGGCGGGGCUGGGAGGCGGCCUGUGCCGGCGCUGCAGCGCGGGGCUCGGCGCCUUGGCCCAGCGUCCCGGCAGCGUGUCCAAGUGGGUCCGGCUCAACGUCGGUGGCACCUACUUCCUCACCACUCGGCAGACGCUGUGCCGGGAUCCGAAAUCCUUCCUGUACCGUUUGUGCCAGGCCGACCCCGACCUGGACUCGGACAAGGACGAAACAGGUGCCUACUUAAUCGACAGAGACCCCACCUAUUUCGGGCCUGUGCUGAACUACCUGAGACACGGGAAGCUGGUCAUAAACAAAGACCUGGCCGAGGAAGGGGUAUUGGAGGAAGCAGAAUUUUACAAUAUCACCUCACUAAUAAAACUUGUCAAGGACAAAAUUAGAGAGCGAGACAGCAAAACAUCACAGGUGCCGGUGAAGCACGUGUACCGUGUCCUGCAGUGUCAGGAGGAGGAGCUCACACAGAUGGUCUCCACCAUGUCCGACGGCUGGAAGUUUGAGCAGCUGGUCAGCAUCGGCUCCUCCUACAACUACGGCAGUGAGGACCAGGCCGAGUUCCUGUGUGUGGUCUCCAAGGAGCUGCACAACUCGCCGCACGGCCCCGCCAGCGAGCCCAGCGAGAAGGCCAAGAUUUUGCAAGAACGGGGCUCGAGGAUGUGAGGAACAGUGUUGAAGCUGAAGAGACGUUUUAUCUUUUCCCAAGAUGCAAUGAUCCGCCAUGUCGAGGAAGCUUGGCCGUGGAAGAAACGUGCUUUUGACAAUUUCUCUAGAGAUUUGGGUGUGAAUGCUUUUUCUGCCUCUGAGGUGGGUGGUGAGAGACGGGCCCAGCUGUCCGAAGCUGGGCAUCGCUGCGCGCAGGCGGCUUCUGCUGCGUGGGCAUCUCUGCGGGGACCUCCGCUUGGUUUCCCAAGUGCCGCUCGGGCCCGAGGCAGGGCUCCUGACUGACCCUUAUAUCACCGAAGAUCAUUUCAAGGACCGCGUUCUUGGUGCUACAUAAACAGUCUGUAACGGAGCCUGGACCUCGCUGGUAGGAGGUGGGCACAGUGCUCCUGGCUCUGGGUGCCCACCGGCCACCCUGGUCCUUGGGGCAGGGAGUCUGCUGUGCCUCCCAGACGUGACAGCUUGGUGGUCUCUCCCGACCUCCGCGUGUUCACUACUUCCUGGGCCUAACCCGGCCCGGCCAACCCAGGCUUCUCCGUUUGUAGUUUCCAGACAAGAGACCGUGGCGUCCUUUCUUUCCCAGUAUGGACAGACUGCCAGUGCUUUCACUUCCUAGAGACGCCUGAAAGUGCUGCUGCCUUUUGGGCAGAUCUGUUAAGUCAUUUAAAGGGAGGUACAAGUUUUGCCUCGUCUGACCCGCCCGGGGGCGCGGGGGCAGCUGGCGCCCGUCAGUGCCUUGGUCUUGCCUGGGCUGGAGGGCGGGGCGGGAGGCCUGUCCACGGGCUCCUGGAGCUGAGACUCCAGGCCACGCUGGAGAUCGGGUGUUUACAGCGCACACGGACGUCCCUCUGCCGGCUCGCGCUCUCUCGUGUAACUAUGCAGUUCUCUGACAUUUCUGGGGCGCUGGGGAGGAGCCUGCACGGCCUGCCCCCGCCUGGCGCUGGAGCUGCUGGAUUGGAUUCCUUUGAGGACGGCUGUCCGCACGCUUUGAGAGCUGACCUUCCCCAGCGGGUCGGGGGGCCUGGCUGUCAGGAACCUGUGCCCCCAUCCCGUCCAGGCGCUGACCUGCCUGGCUCCAGACGCUACCGGAGGCUUCUCGCCUGCCCCUCUUCUUCUUUGCCAAUAUUACCUGAUGAACCAAGUUCUCCAGCACUAGGACUUACCUCCUUUUGUAAGGUCUGUUGUGCGUGGUUCAGCGUUUGGCUUCACACCAACCUUUCCAUAGGGCACACUCGGCCCCGAGACCCGCCCUCCCCGCGGAGCCUCGGGGACACCGUGGGGCGCCGCUGAUUGCUUCGCGUCGUUUGAUUUGUGACCUUGACAUAAUAGAUAGGCUUGUGGUUUGUUCGUUUUUUUUUUAAUUUAAAGAUAUUAAGACUUAAUUCACUAAAAUUUAUUCUAAGGGGAUAUUUAUACUUUUGUACUUUUUUAGGUAUCCGUAUUUUAUCAGCUUACAGUUUAAUGCCUAAGUUUCCCCUGAAAAUAGCAAAUAAAAUUGUGUAUUUAUGACUGA